AUGCAGCGACCGCUGAGGCUUAGGUGGUGCGCAGGUGUUGUUGUGGUAUUUGAUUCGGGUGAGCCCACGGCAAUUUGGGUGACGAAAGUGCCAAGAGUCUUUGAAACUCAAUCAAUUAGAGAGUGCAUUACGAUCGGGGGAGCUGAUUGGAUUCAUCCCACGAUGAUGCUACAAAUCGUGGCUUUAGCGGCGGUUAUAUCGGCUGCGCAAUCUUUUCAAUUGAACAUGACGCAGUUCUAUGAGAUGCCGCCGCUGUACGACUUGGAUGACUACGAUCGAUGCCUUCAGGAGUUUAAUGGCCAGUCCUCCACCUACUGCUUUGUCAGGGCGGAAGUCCAGCCGGACGAGUCCGCUUCCUCCUGGCGGGCUAUAACAGAGAUCUCGCAGUACGAUCGCCAUCACUUCGAUCACCGGCAGCUCUACUUUGGUCUCUGCCUGCGAGAGUGCGAGGACUCGCUAUCCGAGCUGAAUGAAGACGAGCUGGAGGCCCUUCAAGCUGGUCUCCUAACGGACAACCCCAAGGUGAACGUGUAUUUGGACUUGUUCUCGGCGGAAACCGCUAACCGCCAACGGCACCAGCGACUCACCAAUGUCUGUCUAAAUUGGCGGUUGCAGCGCCGGGGAUUUGGUGUCUUGGCCAAGAGCGUUGCGGAGUAUUGCAACGAGGCGGGACAGCAUGUGGAGGAUGAUGCCUGGAACCUUAGCUUUUAUGGUAUCUUGGGUGCCCUUCUGGUUUUGGCCUGCCUGGGCAGCCUGGUGGACCUUCUUCUGAAGCGACGACGUCACGACAAGAUGCUCAAGGAACGCGAUCAUUACAAGACCCCACCCAAGAGCACUGCCCAACAAGUCCUGCUAACCUUUUCGGUGGCCCGGAACUGGUAUCGUUUGAACCAGGAACCCACUGGCAAGAUCGGACGCGAGCUGCGGUUCCUCGACUGCUUCAAGUUCUUUGCCAUGUUCAUGGUCAUCUUCGCGCACACCAACUGGGUGAUCUACGAGAGCGCCAUCAGCAACCCGCAGGACCCGGAGCGUCUGCUCCACACCGCAGCAGGCACCCUCCUGGUCUCCGGGUCUCUAAUAACAGUUACGUUUUUUGUGAUCAGUGGCCUGCUUCUGACCAUCAAUUGGCUAGCGGUGUCCCGCACAGUGGAGUCUAAGAAGGAACACUGGAGUGUUGGGCAGUAUGCUUUGGUCUUUCUGAAGUUCAAUGUGUUCCGGUACAUCCGCCUGACAGUCCCUUACGCCUUUGUCCUGCUGAUGAGCGGAGUGUAUUUUGAAAAUGCCGGAGGUCCUCUAUGGCGGCACAUAUUCGAGCGGGAGCAGUUGUCCUGUCGCCGCAACUGGUGGACGAAUCUCCUGUACAUCAACAACUUUGUGCGCACGGAUGAGAGGUGCCUGCUUCAGGGCUGGUACUUGGCGGCGGAUACGCACUCCUUUGUGCUGAGUCUGAUCCUGCUCAUGGUGGGUCAUCGCUUCGCCAAAUGGAGCAAGCACCUUUAUGCGGGAAUUCUCGCCACUUUUGUGGCUAUUCCAAUGGUGCUCACCUACGUCAUGGACUACUACCCCAUCUUUAUACCAACACCACAAACCCAAAAGGACUCAUUUAUCGGAGAUCGCCAGUUUACGGAAUUCUACACUUCAUCCGUGAUGAACUUUGGCUCCUACUUCUGUGGCGUUUUGGCAGCCUUGGUCUACGAUCAACUGGCCCUGAAGCAAUAUAAGCUCCGAGAGCUGAAGAGUUUCCAGCUUCUUUGGUUUGCCCUCAUCCCAGUGGGUAUUCUGUGGCUGUUCAGCGCUCAUCCCAUCUUCCAGCACUACUAUGUGGCUCCGUCCGCCAUUUGGGGAGCCAUUUAUGCCGGUCUGCAGCGGAAUCUCUGGGGCUUUGGUUUGGGCAUCUUCAUUGUGGGCAUGGCCAGCAAAGUGGGAUGGAUCUUUCGGAAGUUCGCCUGUCUGCCAAUUUUCCGUAUUCUAGGGCGCCUUACCUACGGAGCCUUCAUUGUACAUCUCCUGGUGGCCCGAAUAGUCCUGGCCACUGUGAGGGAACCCAUCUACUUUGGCACUGGCAUGAUGUUCGCGUUUAUCUUUUUCACGGUGACCAUGUCCUAUCUGUGCUCCUUCCUCCUGGCCAUCUUCCUGGAGCUGCCCGUCUCCUCGUUUCUCAAGCUCAUGCGAUAGCUGAAUGUCUCAACUUACAGCCCACUUACAAUUAAUUUAAUUUAAUAAGAAGUCCUAACUUAAAU